AGCAGCAUCAACUAAUCUCUCAAUUACAUUCUUCUUUUCUCUCAAAUUUCAUAGCACCAUGGCCCUGAACAAUGUCAGACCAACCACCGUCAAAUUUCACUGUCAGCAAAGCAAGCAUGGCAGAUUGGCAAAGUUCCCCGCUCCCAAUGGCCAGAGCGUCUCUUUUGCUGUUUUGCAGUACGCCGCCGGCUCCGUGAACCCUCCCCACACCCACCCUCGUGCGGCAGAGCUUCUCUUUCUUUUCCACGGCGUCCUAGAUGUCGGUCUUGUCGACACGACUAACAAGCUCUACACUCAGACGCUACAAGCAGGGGACAUGUCCGUGUUCCCCAAGGGACUAGUUCACUAUCUGUUUAACAGCAAUGACAAAGACUUCGCCAUCGCUGUCUCUGCCUUCAGCAGUGCCAGCACUGGAACCGUGUCAGUACCGGCUUCUGUGUUCGCCACUGGGAUUGUUGACGCCAUCUUGGCCAAGUCUUUCAAGACUGAUGUUGCCACGAUUCAGAAAAUCAAAGCGGGGCGUACCUCGCACAAGGCCCGAGAUGAAGCUUUACAUUAAAACGCAUUGUGGUUUUUCAUUUUGUUUGCGGAAUAAAGUGUCACCUGGGAA